AUGGCUCCGCCGCAAUCAUCGAGAAAGAGAAAGGACUCUGGCGGCUCGGUAGAGUCAGACGAUGGACUUCAGGGAGCCACUCUAGACGGAAUCUUGUCUGAGAGCAGCGACAACUCCGACGCCGAGUCCGAUGCUGGGUUUGCGGGCUUCAACGCCUCUGAGGAUGAGCAGGAUGCGCGCAGCUCUGAUGCUGACAGUGUUCUAUCCGGUGACGAUCUUUCAAAACAAUUGAAUUAUAAGGUUGUCCAGGAUGCCAAUGGAAAUGAACGGUAUGAGUACGCAGAAAUCGACCCUGUCUAUGACAGCGACGACUCGGACGCACAAGAGAAACCGAACACAAUCGGAAACAUACCGAUGUCGUUUUACGACUCGUAUCCCCAUAUUGGCUAUGAUAUCAACGGCAAGAAGAUUAUGCGACCAGCCACUGGCGACGCUCUGGAUGCCCUCCUGGAUAGCAUUGAGAUUCCCAAGGGCUGGACUGGCUUGACUGAUCCCCAGACCGGAAAACCUCUUAACCUUAGCCAGGAGGAACUCGAACUGCUGCGUCGCAUUCAGUCAGGGGGAUUGCCCGAGGAAGGCACUGAUCCCUACCCGGAUAUGGUCCCGUACUUCACAUCCAUUGAAGAGCAGAUGCCAUUGAGUGCUGCUCCCGAACCCAAGAGGCGAUUCCUUCCUUCAAAGCACGAAGCCAAGCGUAUUGCGAAGUUGGUUCGAGCCAUUAAAGAGGGAAAGAUUCUUCCUUACAAACCUCCGGAGGAACGCGAGCGUGAAGAAGAGCAGGAAGAAGAAACCCACUUUGAUAUAUGGGCGGACGAGGAGCCCCAGGACCGACAUGUUAUGCACAUUCCUGCGCCGAAGCUCGCACCUCCUGGUUACGACAUGAGUUACAAUCCACCUCCGGAAUACCUGCCGACCAGCGAAGAAAAGGAGGCGUGGGAGAAGACUGACCCUGAGGAGAGAGAAAAAGAGUAUCUACCAGCCAAGUUCGGUGCGCUGCGGAAGGUUCCCGGAUACGAAGGGUUUGUCAAGGAACGCUUCGAACGUUGUCUCGACCUUUACUUAGCCCCUCGAAUUCGAAAAAAUCGACUCAACAUCGAUCCGAACUCGUUACUUCCCAAGCUCCCCCGUCCGGAGGAACUCAAGCCGUUCCCUACCCUCUGCCAGGCGAUUUUCAAGGGUCACAAUGGACGUGUCCGGUCCGUUUCUUUCAGCCCUGAUGGAGAAUGGCUGGCAUCUGGUGGUGACGAUGGCACAGUUCGUGUGUGGGCCCUCAAUGGUCACCAGGAAUGGUCUGCCCGUCUGAGUGUCGAGGAGUCUGUCGACGCUGUCAGGUGGCGACCCAACAAGGCUACGUUCAUUCUUGCCGCUGCUGCAGGGGAAGAUCUCUUCUUCGCCGUGCCUCCGGUUGUUAGUGAUGAAAUCGAAAAAGCCAGCAGGGAGGUCUUGGAUGCCGGAUUUGGACAUGCCGCUAACAGGGCCCACCUCGCCGAUGGUGUCCAGAAGGAACCGACUGCCAAGUGGGCGCGCCCUGGUCCGAAGCUUGAGGAUGCCAGUGUUCUGUUGAAGGUAACCGUGAGGGCCCCUAUCAAGGUGCUCAGCUGGCACAGGAGGGGUGACUUUAUCUCCUCCGUUUCGCCAACUGGACAACGCAGCUCGGUCGCCAUACACGCACUGUCGAAGCACUUGAGUCACAUUCCCUUUCGAAAACUCCACGGACUUGCCCAAGCAGCACACUUCCACCCGUCGCGGCCACUGUUCUUUGUGGCUGAGCAGCGCAGCAUUCGCUGCUACGAUCUCCAGAGGCAGGAGCUUGUCAAAACCAUUCAGCCUGGCGCCCGUUGGAUAUCUAACUUCGAUGUGCAUCCGGGAGGUGACAACCUCAUUGUGGGUUCCUAUGAUCGCCGUCUGCUAUGGCAUGACCUGGAUUUCUCAACUCUUCCCUUCAAGACGAUGCGCUUUCACAGCGAGGCCAUCCGUGCUGUCAAGUAUCAUAAGAGCCUGCCUCUCUUUGCCGAUGCCAGUGAUGACGGUACCGUCCAAAUUUUCCAUGGCCGUGUUGUGAAUGACUUGACAGCGGGCGCUACUAUUGUGCCUGUCAAAAUGCUCAAGGGCCACAAGGUCACAAGCAAGCUAGGCGUUCUAGACGUUGACUGGCACCCGAAGCAUCCUUGGUGUAUCAGUGCCGGAGCGGAUGGUACCUGUCGGUUAUGGGCAUAA